CGAAAUACUCUGACGACGCUAUCGCAGCCGCUAGAAGUCUCCAAAUAUUUAAUGGCUACAUUUUGGAUAUACGACUAUGUCUGCUCAAUCCGUGAGGAGGGAAUAUUUUUACUUUAUUCCCGCUGGAACAGGGUCAAAUUUUUGUACAUUGUGACACGAUAUGUGCCUUUCCUUCUUUUCGUUGCGCACUUGUAUUUGAACUUCGUCCCAGACGAGACUUCCAAUACAUGCCAAUUUGUCAACAACAUUUGCUCAGUCUUUAUCCCUCCAGGUUUCUUCAUCCUCAGGACUUGCGCGCUAUGGAAUAACAAUAAGAUCGUUUGGGUAGCUACGCUAUCAACUUUUGCA